CUGCUCGAUAACAGUAUAAACUGUUAAAGGUCUCAUUUGCGUGUGCUCUCUUGCGAUUACUCUCUCUAGCUCUCUCUCUCUCUCUCUCUCGCCUUUUUUUACAUCGGUCUCGUAUUGGGUUGCUUAUUGGAUAUUCUCCGGGUAAAGGAUACGGGUUUUGCGGUGAGAUUUUUUUCUUUCUUUGUCGCUUACCGGUGAGGAUGAUCGUUUCUUGGGUAAGGUCGAUUUACAAUCGGUUCUGUUUUCGAAGAUGUUGUUAGAUCCGCAUGGUUUUGGUGAUCGUUUUGGAUCCGAGACAUGGUUCCACAGGAGAAAAAAAUGCCGUCGUCUCUUGGUUUAAGUUUUGCCUUGUGAAAAGUUUCCCUCUUUCCCUUGUCGUUGAAUCCUAAAGUUUUCACCUUUUUUUAGAAAUUUUGGUCUUUUAAAUCCUGGGGAUAGGUUACAGUGUCUGAUUGUAAAUAGAAAUUUGCGACGUUGGUGACUUUGAGAUUAGAUAAAAGUUGUGUACAGAUAGAGAGAUUGUAUAACUCUUUUUUUUUUUGGAACAUUUUUGUGUUCCUUGUUUACAAAAAGGGGGUUUUUUUUAAUUUCCUGGGCUGGGUUAAAAAAAGUGGCGAAGAUGAAUCUAAGUACGGCCGAGGAAGAAUCGGCACAGGAGAUUCACAUCCCAGCUGAUAUCAAUUGGGAGAUGCUUGACAAAUCCAAGUUUUUCGUUUUAGGCGCUGCUUUGUUUUCAGGUGUCUCUGGAGCUCUUUAUCCUGCUGUUUUGAUGAAAACACGGCAGCAAGUUUGUCAUUCUCAAGGCUCUUGUAUCAGAACUGCGUUUACUCUUGUGAGACAUGAAGGUUUAAGGGGAUUGUACAGAGGAUUUGGAACUUCCUUGAUGGGAACAAUCCCUGCUCGUGCCUUGUACAUGACUGCCUUGGAGGUUACUAAGAGUAACGUUGGCUCUGCUGCUGUUAGCUUAGGUUUCACUGAGGCUAAAGCUUCUGCAGUUGCUAAUGCCGUUGGAGGUUUGAGUGCUGCCAUGGCUGCGCAGCUUGUUUGGACACCUGUUGAUGUGGUGAGCCAACGGCUUAUGGUUCAGGGAAGUGCUGGAAGUGCUGGUCUUGUCAAUGCGUCGAGGUGUAAUUAUGUUAACGGGUUUGAUGCAUUUCAGAAGAUUGUUCGUGCUGAUGGACCAAAGGGAUUAUACAGAGGGUUUGGGAUAUCUAUUCUGACUUAUGCUCCGUCUAAUGCGGUUUGGUGGGCUUCUUACUCUGUUGCACAGCGGAUGGUUUGGGGUGGGAUUGGGUGUUAUGUCUGCAAGAAAGACGAAGAGAGUGGGAACAACAACAGUACUGCGAUUAAACCAGACUCCAAAACGAUAAUGGCUGUUCAAGGAGUUAGUGCUGCGAUUGCUGGAAGUGUUUCUGCUUUGAUUACAAUGCCACUCGACACAAUCAAGACGAGAUUGCAGGUUCUUGAUGGGGAAGAUAGUAGUAAUAGUAGUAACAACGGGAAGCGUGGACCGAGUAUUGGACAGACUGUAAGAAACUUGGUUAGGGAAGGUGGAUGGACGGCUUGUUAUAGAGGAUUGGGACCAAGAUGUGCUUCAAUGUCAAUGUCUGCAACAACUAUGAUCACUACCUACGAGUUCUUGAAACGGCUUUCAGCUAAGAACCAUGACGGGUUUUGCUCUAAAUCAUAGUGAUAACAACUGAAAAAAAACCACCACAUAGAAGAAUCUUUUAUGGGAAAUGUCUUUAAUUUUGCUUACUUAUCUUGUGCUUCUUGUCUAGCUGUUCUGCUGCUAUUUCAUUUGUUUUCCAGUCAUAUGUAAGGAAAUGUGUUAAAAUUCAGUUGUUUUUAAAUAAAUAAAAAUGUGAUUUCCUCAUUCA